UGUAUGUUCCUCUUGGAUGCUUCAGGCUCCUCCCAGAUUCAGAGGACGAUGAUGCUUCUCUGUGCUUUGUUACAAAGAGACGCAGAGCAAGAAUGGAUCGUGUAGCCAUGAUUUUGUCGGAUGCCCCGUAAAAGCAAGGGAACUGAUUUGGGGCACUUAGCUUUCAUCGUGAAUUAUUAGACGGAAUCUGGAGGUCUAGAAUUCAUAUGCUCUUUUCACGAUGGAUACAAAUAUGUCUACGCGGAGGAUAUGGAGCCCUUUGGGGAUUUAUCUAGCCGUUGUUCUUUGGGACUGUUACUGGGAAGCGGUAUCUGGCCAGCUCUCUUACUCUGUCUCAGAGGAGGUAAACCCAGGGACUUCUGUGGGAAAUAUCGCUAAAGAUCUAAACCUUAAUGUGCACGACUUGGAGGCACGUAUGUUUCAGAUUGUUAGCGGAUCAAAAAGAAAAUAUUUUGAUGUUAAUCUAAAAACGGGUGUUCUUUAUGUCAAUGAAAGAAUAGACCGUGAGGAGCUUUGUGCAAAGACGAGAAAAUGUACUGUCAAUGUAGAGGCCGUGAUCAACAACCCACUUAAGCUUUAUCGUUUGGAGAUAAAUAUAGUCGAUAUAAACGAUAAUGCGCCAUAUUUCCCUGAGAAUUUGCAGUCUCUUAACAUUGCUGAAAGUACUGUGCCAGGAGGAAAAUUUGGAUUCAUAGGAGCGUCGGAUCUCGAUGUUGGUAAGAAUAGUGUUAGUACAUACAAACUGAGUCAAAAUGAUUAUUUUUCUUUAGACGUUCACAAAGGGGGAGACAGUGUGUCUGCCCAGCUAGUGCUUCAGAAAGCUUUAGACAGAGAAAAACAACGUACUGUAAGACUUACAGUGUCAGCAGUGGACGGAGGAAAUCCACCCAAAUCAGGAACGUGUCAGAUCAUUAUUAAUGUGUUAGACAUUAACGAUAAUGCUCCUGCUUUUGACAGGUCUUUAUACAAGACACAGAUUUCUGAGAAUUUACCACUAGGUAAAACUGUUAUUGUUCUGAAUGCAACAGACGCAGACGAGGGAUUAAAUGCAGAAAUAGAAUAUUCAUUAAGAAGUAAAGGCCAGGAUCAUGUCUUAGAGGUAUUUGAAAUUGAUUCUAAAACAGGUGCAAUUUUAGUCAAAGGUAAGAUCGAUUAUGAAGAAAAUCCUGCGUUUGAGAUCCAUGCACAGGCCAGUGACAAAGGCCAGCCUCCGAUGUCUGCAGAUUGUAAAGUGCUGGUAGAAGUAGUGGACCUCAAUGACAACGCACCUGAGAUCACAGUGACGUCACUGCUAAACACAGUGAAAGAGGACGCAGAAGUAGGUACUGCUAUUGCACUUGUGUCUGUGCUGGACAAAGAUGGUGGGAAAAACGGUGAAGUAAAAGCUGUGAUUACAAAUGAUGCUCCUUUUAAAUUGGAGACUAAUUAUAAAAACUAUUAUUCGUUAGUAGUUGAUGGUCCGCUGGACAGGGAGACGAAGGCCGAAUACAAUGCCGUUAUCGUAGCAACUGAUGAAGGGACUCCACCUCUCUCCAGCACCAACAUAGUGACAGUUCAUGUUUCAGAUGUCAAUGAUAACCCUCCUCGCUUCUCGGAGCCGCUGGUUAACGUUUAUGUUAUGGAAAACAGUCAAAUAGGAACAGUUAUUAAAACAGUUUCAGCAAUUGAUGCCGAUAUCGAUCAAAACGGUAAAGUUAGCUAUUCAUUUUUACAAAGUAACAGUAACUCAUUACCUCUCUCCACCAUAGUAAACAUCAACUCAGAGACAGGAGAUAUAAUCAGCCUGCAGUCUUUUAACUAUGAGGAGUUAAAAACGUUUCAGUUUAAAGUUCAGGCCACAGACUCUGGUGUUCCUCCGCUCAGCAGCAACGUGACUGUCAACGUUUUAAUUCUGGAUGAAAAUGACAACAACCCAACAAUCCUCGCGCCCUAUUCUGAGCACGGCUCCGUUAACAGUGAGAGCAUCCCCUAUUCUGCUGAAGCGGGAUACUUUGUGGCAAAGAUCAGGGCUGUAGACGCAGACUCUGGAUACAAUGCGCUGCUUUCUUAUCACCUCUCUGAGCCCAAAGGAAACAACCUCUUCCGGAUCGGAACCAGCACCGGAGAAAUCAGGACUAAGAGGAGAAUGAGUGACAAUGACCUGAAAACUCACCCCUUGGUGGUCUUGGUUUCUGAUAACGGAGAACCCUCCCUGUCAGCUACUGUGUCUAUUGAUGUGGUGGUGGUUGAAAGCACAGCUGACAUCCAGACUCAGUUCAGACAUGUGCCCAUAAAGGAGGACAGCUUCUCUGAUUUGAACCUGUAUCUGCUGAUCGCCAUAGUGUCGGUGUCAGUCAUCUUUCUGCUGAGCCUCAUCAGUUUAAUAGCUGUCAAAUGCCACAGGACAGACGGCAGUUUCAGCAGGUACAGCGCCCCAAUGAUCACCACCCACCCUGACGGGAGCUGGUCUUACUCCAAAUCUACUCAGCAGUAUGACGUGUGUUUCAGCUCAGACACACUGAAGAGUGACGUAGUGGUUUUCCCCGCACCGUUUCCGCCUGCAGAUGCGGAACUGAUCAGUAUUAACGGAGGAGACACUUUUACCAGAACUCAGACUUUACCAAAUAAAGAGAAGGUAAGAAAGCAUGGAAAGCCAUACGUUUUUAUAUAGCAUUGUUAUUUUGUU